AUUAAUUCAAUAUGAAAAUGACUGAAUAUAUAAUAAAUCCGGAGUUUAUUAUAGAAAACAAGCUUAACUAUCAAUCAGUUAUUGAAUUACUUUGCGAUCGACUAAACACAGACUCACAUCACAAUUCAUAUUACAAGUAUUGUAUCUAAAUAUCAUAUUUUAUUUACAAAAUAACAGAUUGACUGCACAUUAGAGCGAAAGUGGAGCAAAAAGCAAGUGUUGGACUCGAGUCUCAAUUUUGCCUAUUAUUUGAUAAAUGACUGCAAAAUAUCAAAAGGAAAUGUCAUUUGUUUCAUCACAAACUCGUCGGACAUUCAGGCAAUCGGUUUCAUCGGCUCAUUGGCCGCAGGGAUGGUAUUCUGCUGUCUGGCGGAGCACUCAUCACAAGAUGAAAUCAAAUCAAACAUUGAAAAACUUAAGCCAUCAGUUGUGAAACUCCUAAUAAGUGACAAACAGUCAAAACCUGACGCCAAUGGAAAUACACUUCAAUCUCUUGAGGAGAUAUUAUCUCAACCAAGAGAUGAUAGCAUAUUAUUACCGGUGAAGACGAGUUUGGAUGAGACGGCAACCUAUGUCUUGAGCAGUGGUUCCACGGGUCAGCCCAAGGCUAUCAUCAAAACUAACAGAAACCUAUUGACAACGGUUGAGGCGACUCAGCACCGGGAGAUGACUGAGUUGACACCAAACGAGAUCCAGUUAUCCAGUAACUUAAGUCACGUGUCGGGGCAGAGGUACCUCAUAUCUGCCAUCAAUGGUCGCGCACAGUUAGCUAUUGUUAGGGUGGAUGAGAACCUGGAUGAUGUUUACGGGAAUAUACAUAAAUACAACAUUACCAGUGCUUUCCUAAUCCCGACUCAACUCAAUUAUUUAGUCAAAAAUUCUGAGACUAUUGACAGGGAUUACCUCAAGAGCCUAAGGGAUGUGGUUACAGGUGCAGCACCUGUAUCCGAAACCACGUUCCGAUGUUACAGUAUGUCAGAGGUAGGGUGGGCCACACAAACUCCUGUCACGCAGUUUAUAAACGAUUACACAUGUGUUGGAAAAGUGUGUCCCAACACACAAAUCAAAGUAAUUGAUGAUCAGGGACAUUCAUUGCCAGCUAACACUAAUGGUCAGGUGUGCAUCGGAGGUCCUCAGGUCACACCAGGGUAUCUAAACAAUGCUGAGGAAAAUGACAAACUUUUCACCGCCGAUGGAUUCCUCAAGACUGGAGACAUUGGCUAUUAUGACGACAAUCACUACUUUUAUAUUGUCGGCCGAUCUAAGGAAGUCAUUAAUGUUGAGAGGUCGAUUGUAAUGCCGGCGGAGAUCGAGAAUAUUCUGUUGACUCACAACGAUGUCGUCAAUGCGGCCGUCUUUGGGGUGAAGGACGAGGAAAGGGGUGAAGUGCCCAUGGCUUUCAUCACACGUGCAAAUGGGGCUACAAUUACCCCACAAGAACUCAUAGAUUAUGUGGACUCGAGGGUCAACUACUAUAAGAAGCUGAGGGGAGGGAUCCGAGUGUUAGAUGCCUUUCCAUUGACUUCAUUGAAAAAGAUUAACCGGGGUGUGCUUAAGAAAAUGCUCAGUACUUAAAAUAUGAAUUUGGUUGUACUUGUUA